AACUCCUCCCACAUUUCCAAAGCUAAGAGGGAGACGUUUUGCCUUCUCUUGCGAAUCCCACUUGCAUGCGGACAGGGAGCCGGCAGGACUGGAAGAAGAGGAGCAACAAACAAGGAAAAGUGACCAUGGUAAAAAGAGUAGCAGUUAUUGGAGCAGGGGUGAGUGGACUGGCAUCCAUCAAGUGCUGCCUAGAUGAAGGACUGGAGCCUACCUGCUUUGAGAGGAGUGAUGGCAUUGGGGGACUGUGGCGGUUCACGGAGUCUGCAGAGGAAGGCAGAGCCAGUAUUUACCACUCUGUGUUCACCAAUUCUUGCAAAGAAAUGAUGUGCUAUCCAGACUUCCCUUUCCCAGAGGAAUUCCCAAAUUACAUGCACAACUCCAAGCUUCAAGAAUAUAUCCAGUUGUAUGCCAAACACUUCGAUCUUGUAAAAUACAUAACGUUUAAGGCUCUUGUGAGUAAAAUUAGGAAACGCCCGGAUUACCCUGUUACUGGCCAAUGGGAAGUCGUAGUAGAAAAGGAUGGGAAGGCGGAAUCACUCACAUUCGAUGCUGUUAUGAUUUGCUCCGGACACCAUGUCUAUCCGAAUAUUCCAACGAAUAGCUUUCCUGGGAUAGAGAAGUUCAAGGGCAGCGUUUUCCACAGCCGGGAAUACAAGGGACCCGAAAAGUUCAAGGGGAAGAAGGUCCUGGUGAUUGGCCUUGGGAAUUCCGGCUGUGACAUUGCUGUGGAGCUAAGUGCCGUGGCCUCACAGGUUUAUCUCAGCUCUAGAAGUGGAUCCUGGAUCAUGAGUCGUGUUUGGGACAGCGGCUACCCCUGGGACAUGGUGGUCAUCACUCGCUUUGAAACAUUCCUCAGGAACAUCCUCCCAACAGCCAUCAGUGACUGGUUGUAUGUGAAGCAAAUGAACAGAUGGUUCAAACAUGAGAACUAUGGCCUGAUGCCACUGCAUAGAACCUUGCGCAAGGAGCCUGUCUUCAACGAUGACCUCCCGAGCCGCAUUGCAUGUGGAACCAUUGUGGUGAAGCCGAACGUGAAGGAGUUCAAGGAAACGUCUGCGAUAUUUCAAGAUGGGACUGCGCAGGAAGGCCUUGACUAUGUCAUUUUUGCAACAGGCUACAGCUUUGCCUACCCAUUCAUGGAGGACGAGUCCAUCAUCAAGUGCAGGAAUGACCAAGUCACCUUGUACAAAAGCAUUGUCCCUCCUCUGCUGGAAAAACCCACCCUGGCGGUUAUUGGCUUGGUCCAGUCCCUUGGGGCAGCUAUCCCAACUGCAGACCUUCAGGCCCGGUGGGCCGUGAGAGUGUUUAAAGGUUUAUAUAAGCUGCCUCCACAGAGCAGCAUGAUGGAUGACAUAGAUGAGAAAAUGGGUAAAAAGCUCAAAUGGUAUGGCCAGAGUGAUACCAUACAAACAGAUUACGUUGUCUACAUGGAUGAACUCGCCUCCAGUAUUGGUGUGAAGCCCAACAUUCCAGUCCUCUUCCUGACGGACCCCAAGCUAGCUCUGCAGGUCUAUUUUGGCCCCUGCAGUCCAUAUCAGUUUCGUUUGUCGGGACCAGGGAAGUGGGACGGAGCCAGAGACGCCAUCUUGACGCAGUGGGACCGAACGCUGAAGGCCACAAGAACCCGUGCCGUGAAGGGCGAUCAGAAUUCUUCCCCGCUCUUUCCUCUGCUCAAAAUACUCGCCCUCCCCCUUCUCCUUCUUGCCGUUUUCAUGAUGUUCAACUGAGCGGCCUCAGUGCCAAAAUAUACGUGACAGAAUGCCGUGUGGUUUUUAAUGAAAAA